AUGUUCUCGCCGAAGAUCACGACCGACACUCUAAGCAGACUACCGGUUAAAUCCCUCAAACGUUUCAGUGACUACUACGCUACUGAAGUAAUGGGCUCUUAUAGUGGAAUGCUCGCUCCAUUGAAUUCUGACUACAGUAUUGCUAUAUAUAAUCCAUCAACUAGGGAAAAGAAAAUGCUACCCUUAUCACUGUUAGAAUUGCCAAAUGACUUGGAUCAUUCCAUAGUGUCUUGCCAGUUCAAUUUUUAUGGACUUGGACAUGACCCCAUUGGUGAAGACUAUGACAUUGUUUAUCACCCUGAUUGUAGAAGAGGGUAUGGUGUGUUUGCUAAUAAUAGCGUUGUUCAUUGGAAGGCGACUGUAGUGGGACAGGGAAAAGAAAAUGGGAGGGAUUUGAUUGUUGCUUUUGAUCUUGGAGUCGAGGAGUUUAAGAUAAUACCACAACCUGAUCAUUGGAGCAAUGAGCAAGAAAUGAAUGCGGGAGUUUUAGGAGGGUGUUUAUGUGUGCUUUGUAAUCAGGAUACAGAAAGUCUUCUUACACUAAAUGGUGGUGGUUUUGGUGGUCCGAUUGAUAGGAAGAGAAAAGGAAGACCAGGAAGAAAAGAAAAACUAGACAGCUAUCUAAUCAUCUUUUUCUUAGGGCUGGUGAUGGAUGGUUUAGGACGCUUGCUUGGAAAACUAUGGACAUGGAAUGCAUGGUUGAGGAUCUCUAUUGCUUUUCUCCAAUACUAA